AUGUGUUGUUUGACAUUACAAAAACGAUCACUAAACGAACUUUUUUAUGUGCCACGUCCAUCAUUUCUUAUUCCAAUUUUUCGAGCGCCGACAACUACAUCGACAACAACAUUAGCAACAACAAUUAAAUCUUCAUUUGUAACAACUGACAUUGCAGCGAAGAGGAUUUUUUCGACAUUUUUCUAUAAACAAGAACAGAAACAAAGUGAUUUAACGAGUACUGUAUCAACGAAUAUGAUCAGUCAACGUAUCUUUGAGAAUCUCGUUCUAACAAAUACAAUUGUCGCUGCAUUUUGUAUCGUUCUCAUGGUUACAAUAACGGGAUUUCUUGUUUUUCUUCUUGUACCAUCAAUUCGACGUCGAUGGCUUAAUGAAAAAUCAGAAAAUGAACGCAAACUUGAAGAGUUACCAACAUUAAGUCGACAACCAUCAUUUCAUCAUUUUACUUUAGGUCCAUCUCGAUAUAAUCCUAUAUUUGAACCAACAGCAGGUACCACAACGACAACAACACAAUUCGGUCUAUUUCAACCUCAUACAACAACAGCAACACUUCUUCAUCCAACUAUUUGGGCACCAAUAUCACCAACAUCUGUUAUACCAACACCCAUUCCAACUCAACAACCUCAAAUAGCGUCAACACCGCCUGCAUCUCUACGAACAAGAUCGAUGCCACCAGGAUCAGCAGCAACAGCAACAACAACAGCAGGAGCAGGAGCAACAUCGGCGUCGAAUUCAUCUGCACCUGCUGCCGCACGACCUCCAUUACCAGCACAUCCUCCAACACAAGUACAACGAUCACCAAGAAAACGAUAA